UCCAAAACGUUGUAAAAAAAUGGCAGCCGUAGAAAGCACUAGCAUGUCAUUAAUGCAGUCAGAAGAACCGCUUAAACUAUCUGAUUUAUUAGAUCGAGGAUGGAAACUAUAUGAGGAGGUGGACACCACAAAUGAUCCCAUCGCAGCCACCCAUAUCCAGGUCAACAUCAAGCGUGGGAUAACGCAACUUGAAGUGGCAACGCGAAUGGUGGCCCAACUCGACUUGUUCAGCCGAAAUGAGGAUUUGGAGGAGGUAGCAACCACAGAUCUGAAGUAUCUUAUGUUGCCUGCCUUCCUGGGGGCUCUAACUAUGAAGCAAGUGAACCUGGCAAAACGACUAGACCACGUUCAGAUAGCUAGAUGUUACUUUUUGGACUUCUUGAAAAGAUGUAAGGAGUAUAACAUAUCAAAGUUUGAACUACCCAAAACCAUUGAAAACUCCGCUGACAUACCAGAAGAAGAACCUGCAAAUGGGCCCCCCAAACCUCCAGACUUAAUUGCGAUGGCAACAGUUAGAGCGGCAAAGAUAGAAAGAUACAAACAGAGGAAGGACACAGAGGCCAAGCUAUCAGAGAUCAAGGCAGCAGUGGACAGUGGGCAGGCAGAUGACGAGAUAGUCCGAAACUUUUACCUCCUCAAUGUGAGGAAAUGGAUUGCUGUAUCCCUGGAGGAGAUAGAGAGCAUUGACCAGGAAAUGGAGAUUUUGACCAGGAUGGAUGUUCUAAAACAGAGUUCAGCAGAGCCAUUACACUCUAAAAGGCCUCCCAUGAAACCCUUCAUUCUCACCAGAGAUGCUGUUCAGGCCCGAGUAUUUGGGGCAGGCUACCCCAGCCUACCUACUAUGUCAGUGGAUGACUGGUAUGAACAGCACAGGAAGAAAAAUGCCUUGCCAGACCAGGGGAUCCCACGCAGCGCUGAGGACUUUGAUGCAGAAGAGCGAGAACAAGAAGAGAAAGAGAAGCAGGUUGAAAACGACGAUGAGGAGGCCUUGCAGAAAGCUAGAGACUGGGACAACUGGAAGGAUACGCAUCGGAGAGGCUAUGGGAACCGUAAAAACAUGGGCUAACAACCAUCAAACAAAGCAACAGUGCCAUGCCUGGUCUGCAGUGUUCAUCUACUCUCUGUCCCUCUGUAAUAAACAACAACGUUGCUGGUGUCUAUGGAAACAUGGUCUUUAAGAAAAGGGAGUUUUAUACAAUCCCAGACAGAAACUGUUUGUCUGUUUAUGGUCACUUUAUUCUGAUGCUGCAAAUCACGACUGUAAUUGUGGCCGUAUCAGAGGAAAAUUAUUUAUUGGCAGCCAUUAAUAUUAUCUGCAGGUUCCAUACGAAUACAAAACCAAGUAUUUCCACCAAGGCGUUGUCUGUCGAGAUGGUGCAGUGCUAUGCUUGAGAAGAUUAGUAAAGUGAAUUUGAUGAUCAAUUGAUUAACAGCUGUUCCCAAGUGGAUUCAUAUUUCCUGAGAGUAUCCAACAGUACUUAAACUUUUGUGAAGAACUCUACAGAGGUGGUAACAAUAUAUAGUUCCAAAAAACUGCUAUUGUAUAUUGUCAUCCACACUUAAUGUGUUUAGUGAUGGAAAAGGCAGCUUGUGUGCUUAUACAGUCUCCUAAAAUGUGGCUCUAUACUCCAGCAUUUUGGUUUUGAGAGAAAAAAAAAUCUGAUCAGGUGACAGUACAGAAUGUCACCUUUUGUUUUGAGGGUGUUUUAAUAGCUGUUUUACCGUUUAGAAAUUAAUUUGAAGUCCUAAGUAUUUUUUGACAGAUUCACUUAGUGUAUUCAAAAGUUGAGUAUUGGACCCAUUUUUACGUUUACAUUUGAGUCAUUUAGCAGACACACUUGUCCGGCGCGACUUAGUGCAUUCAACCACGUAUCGCAGACAAAGUAAGUACAUUUUUGUCAAAGUGUUGUGCAGUUUGUUUUGGUUGUGCUGCAGCUUUUGUUUUGCCCAAUAAUAACUGAAUGGUGACUGGUUUAAUUUUCUUUCUAGGUUUACAGAUAAUGUUUCUGAACAUUUCUAAAUUAAUCCUGAUAAUGCCAUGACUAAGAAAAAUCAUGAAUAAUAAGUGAGAUGCUGAUCAGAGGCUACAACAAAAUAUGCUAACCUCUCACCAUUACCAGUAACGGGAGGUUAGCAUUUUUGGGGGGGGUAUGAUCUUUGUAACCUCACUCAUUAUUCAUGAUUAUCCAUAAUGUCAAAGUAUUCAGAAAGAUCUAUUCUUACAAUAAAAGUGAAAAAAUAAAAUAAAAUGGCACAACCCGGUCCCUGAAUUCACCAUUCUGUUCCUAUUGGGCAAAACAGCAAAUGCAUCCAAGUUUUUAGUAGCUUGAUGUAGCCAUUGUGUGAGGAAUAUGGGACCAAAUACUAAACUUUUGACUACUUUAAUACACUAUAAGUGAAUUUGUCCAAAUAGUUAUGACUUUUUAAAAUGGGGGCCUAGAUACAUACAUGUUUUUAUUGUACAACAGACCCUCGCUGCUGCCAUUCUGUACUGUCGCCUAAUAUGAAACAUUCUCAACUAAAAUACUGAAGUAUAGAGCCACGUUUAAAAUGGUUUGCUUCACUGUCAGAAUACAUAUGGAGAAUGUACAAUAUUAUUUCCUCUGAUUGAUGUCCAUUGUAACACUGAAUAAUGGGUUUGUGAUGCACUUAAUUACAGACAUCCACUCCCUUUUCAUCUUGUUUUGCUGAAUAGUUUUUUGUUAAAUAACUGCCUUGUGACAGCCAAUUUGCUCUUUUCUCAAAAUGUAUGGCUGACUCAUUUGAUUUCUUUCCCACCUCUUACACAUGUACAGUUUGAACAGGCACUGACUUUGACAGACUUGGUGGAUUCCUUUGUCAGAGUUGAUAAUGAGUAGUGGUUGGUCUAUUUUUUUCAGAAUAGCAGGAAUUCUGUGUGCAAAACCUGCAUGGUUCCCAUUGUAACAAAUUAUUUGAGUGUUUUGUACUUUUCUCAUUGUUUCUUAAAGAAGUUGCUAGUGUAAAAAAAAUAUGGAUACAGUCCAGAAUAAAUAUGAUAAGCUUCUAUGGUCAAGCAAAUUGUUAUUGGCACACUGAUAUUCACACGCACAAAAUGUGCAUGAAUCAAAAUCAUAUAUAUUGAACAUGACUAAUAUUGCUCCCAUGUAACUUGAUAUGUGUCUUUUGGUGAAAGCAUAAAUUGUGAUCUCAAAAUGUAUUUCCGUUUCAAAGCCAAUUAAAACAAUAUAUUGGA